CGUGGCUUUGCAUCACUGUUACCAGUCCGUUCUAGGGUGCUGACCGAGGGGCCACCACGUGAAUUCCUUCUUGCCUCCUCUUGGUUUUACCCUCCCCCAUCUCCGCUUUUCUCACUCUCCUGUUGUCUUUCGUAUUCUUCCCCAUCCCAUACAUCCAUAUCUCCCUUUCCUCUUCCGACGUCGGUGCAUGGAUUCGACUGCACCGGAGGGCGAUCCCGUCUCGCCGGAAGGCGAUGCCCCAUCUCCUUCCUCCGGCGCCGCAGCCGCAGCAGCGGUCCCAGGCGGAACGGCGGACGCGAGGGCCCAGGCUUCGCCAGCGCCGCUUAGCCGGUAUGAGGCGCAGAAGCGCCGGGACUGGAACACGUUCCUGCAGUACCUCCGGAACCAAAGGCCGCCGCUGGCGCUGGCUGGGUGCGGCGGCGCCCAGGUGAUCGAGUUCCUGCGGUACCUCGACCAGUUCGGGAAGACGAAGGUGCACGCUCCCGGGUGCGCUUUCUUCGGGCGGCCGACCCCGCCGGCGCCAUGCCCGUGCCCACUGAGGCAGGCCUGGGGCUCCCUGGACGCCCUCAUCGGACGCCUCCGAGCGGCCUACGAGGAGAGCGGGGGAAAGCCUGAGGCCAAUCCCUUCGCGGCUCGCGCCGUCCGCUUCUAUCUCCGCGAGAUCCGGGAGAGCCAAGCCAAGGCCCGCGGCGUCCGGUACGAGAAGAAGAAGCGAAAGCGAGCGCCAACUUCAGCCGUCCGGGACGCAGGCGACGCUUCUUCGUCUGCUGCCACUGCCGCCGGCGCCACGAGUGGUGGCUCAGGGUCGGACGCCGGGGAGGGAUCCUUUACUGCUCAGCCGGGUGGGUCAUCUAUCUCUUGAUCGAGUUGUUGUCCUCUUUCUUUGCCGUUUUUGAAUGCAGAUGUUGAUGAUGAUCAUGGUAAGUUAGGAAGAACCACAAGGGUUGAGUUGCGGUUGAAUUCGGGCGAUCUUCUUUCAUACAACUUUGUUUUGACUCUGAGCUCAGCAAUCAAUCAAAGAUUUCAUGAAAGAAAAACA